GUGAGGUCGCUUCAGCCAUUAUAUUAUUGUCGAUAAAAAUUAUUACGAACGCAAAACACCGCGGCGAAUCAGCAAUUUCGCACCGAAUCGAUUAUACAUCACUCGGAAACCGCUGAAAAACUUUAUCUCGAGACAUUAAGCUAAUAAAGCAUCUCAGUUAAUUAAAGAGCAUCGCUGUGUGGACGACGCGACCGGCUCCGACGGACCAAAAAAGACCAAAGAGUACCUCGCUAACCUACCCAAUCGGUGCCUUAAUUGUUUCAUACCCGACCAAGUUCGAAAGCCUCUCAACCCCGCUUGAACGCGACGAUUUUGUAGCGUCUCUCCAUCUAUCCGGUUGAAAAUCACGAGUUUCGAACCGAAUCCGCCCACUCAGGAAGGUUCUAAAUUCAAAUUCCACCUCUGCAUACAGUUCAACCAAUGAAGUUCUCGUAAGUUGUCUAACGAACGUUCUUAGGAGAUCGGACGCCACCCAUUGGAGAUCGGUAGCCAAUCGGAGGACGGGCGUCCAUGUUCGUUAUUUUUUUUUCGUUGGCCGGGCGUCGAGAGAACGCGUAGGGCUCAUUCGGCCGCGCGCCGCCUAGGCGUUCGUAUCGCGUGUUCGCGUAACGAUGGAUUGUGCUUGUGACAUGUGGUAUUGAUUUGGUGUUAUUUGUGACGGAACCGUUGUGUGAAAGCAUGAUGCCUCUCGCACCGACCCCUGUGGUGGCGGUGCCAUCUAAGCCCAAGAUUGGAUUUAGUAUAGACAGUAUAGUUGGUGGUUCGGAGAGGCCGAAACAAACGUCGCCUCCGCUGGCGAGUCCUGGGUCGCCGUCGCCGGUGGCGUCUCCUCGUAGUCCAUCCCCAAGGCCGUUAUUGAGACCUAGUGCGUUGCCAGCUGUAUUUCCAACUCCUGAAUUAAAGAGGCUACCGUACUUAGACGCUCAGAGCCAUCACCACCAGUUUCUGGCCCAUUUCCAAGGAGCGGCAUUGGCCGCGGCACUCGCUCAUCAGCAACAAGGUUUUGGAGCUCCUCUCCCUCCACAUCCACCCCCACAUCCAGCAGCGCCUGUGCCUAGAGAAUCUUACCAGCUCUACCCUUGGCUGAUCAACAGACAUGGCAGAAUAUUUCCUCACAGAUUCCCUGGGGGUCCAGAUAUCCCCGGCUUCCUCCUUCAGCCGUUCCGCAAGCCGAAACGAAUCAGAACAGCCUUCUCCCCCUCCCAGCUGUUGAAGCUGGAGCACGCUUUCGAGAAGAACCAUUACGUUGUCGGUGCUGAAAGGAAACAAUUAGCACAAGCGUUGAGCUUGACAGAGACUCAGGUGAAAGUCUGGUUCCAGAACAGAAGAACGAAGCAUAAAAGAAUGCAGCAAGAAGAAGAAGCAAAAACCGGCACCAAAUCUGGUUCCUCCAGUUCGAAACCAGACGACAGUAACCAGUUCAACAAUUCCUAUGAAGAAGAAGAUGAAGAACUAAUAGAUAUGGAUAUGGAUGAGUUGAGUGAGAGUGAAAAUGAAACGUAAAAACAAUAUAUAAAAUGUGACAGGACACUAAACUGUAAAUAAUAAUGUAAUUUAGUUAAAAAUAGUAUAUCAAUUAUUAUUUAUUUCUUCUAGCAAUUGGAAAAUUAUAUGUCAAGCAAUUUUUGCCAUUGGCAACAAUUGAAUUAAAUCCUACUCAUUAUAAUUUGUUUAAAUGAAGGUAAGGAAUGUUAUAAAAAUAAAACAGCUAUUUAAAACUCAUCGCUCAAUUAAUCUCAAUUCACUAACCGUCAUUUAUUUUCCCCAAACAAGCAACCGUGUCAUUAAAUUAACGGAACGCAUUCAAAAUGGCGUCUGAACAACUCUUGUUAGCGCGUCACGAAUUAUUAGAUAACAAAAUUGGCCGCAUUAUAAUAGUUUUUGGGAUUAAAUUAAUUAAAAAUGCCUCCUUUGAUGCGUUCCACUGGUGAUGUGGGUAUAAUUAGACAGUUUGAUUUUAAACGCUGAUACGUAGGGACUGUGAGUUCUAAACGAGAGCUGUCAACGUGUGAAAGGAACGGCUGUAUGGUUAAACGUGCUGUUGGAGAGAGAGAAAUUAUAUUUAUAGAGAUGGAGGUAGAUUAUUGUACGUCGUUUGUGGGCCUAUUAUUAAGAGAUGGUUUCUGAGACGGUAUCUCGGGUCGAAAUCUUCUUAGUAAUUGCUUGCGACGUAACAAAAUUGUUUUUAAACUGUUGACGAUUGUUCUCUACGGCUAUUUGUCUACGCGUUUGGAGUUCGAUUAAGAUCUCCAAUAGUCUUGUUAGUGAUCACUUUCACGCGUAAGCUAUUGUAUGACCAUUGUAUUGGUCGUAUUUAAUUUUGACAACCUGAUUUUAAAUGUCAGAAGAUAAUUGCGGAGACAAUUCUUUUUAUUAACUGUUUCGAUAUGUCUAGAACUUGAUAUAAAUAAGAUAUUUCUUUCUUUUAUUUUAAAUACCUAUAUUGAUAUUUAUAUACAUAAGUAUUAGAUUCAAUAAAACUAAAACAUUGUUUUUAAGUUUAAUUCCAUCUGUUUCGAAUUGCAACUAUUGCCAUCUAAUUUUUUUUUUUUUUAGAUUUUGUCAUCAAGGCUGAGAUUUUACGAGCCUGAGCCUAUAACCUCCUGGUUAUAUAAUCUAUUCUAAAUUUGAAAAAAAUAAUUUCACUAUAUUUUUUUAAUGUUGGAGAAUUCUGUUUCAAUCAAACUUAAAAAAUAUGUAAACAAAUGUUAUAAUGUCAAAAUAUUUACGUUUUACGUUACGUUUAGACCAUUUCGCGGUAAUUUUGUUGGUCUGGUGUCUGCUAUUACUCUUAUUUGACAGGUUUCUCGGUCGUUCAAAGUAACUCUUGUAAAUAUUUACAUGUCAAAAUAUUUACACAUAGGUAACAUUUGUGUAUUUUAAAUUUUGCUAAUUAUAUAAAAUUUUAUAAAAUACCGCAGUGUCUCAAGUCGAAAGUCUUCGACCAGUGUGUGCCACGCCAUGCCACCACAUGCCAGUGAUGACUUAUGGAUCAGAGAUGUGGUCGCUCACAAUUGGCCUCAUUAGAAGGCUCAAGGUCACUCAAAGGGCAAUGGAGAGGGCUAUGCUCGGAGUUUCUCUGCGAGAUCGAAUCAGAAAUGAUGAAAUCCGCAGGCGAACCAAAAUAACCGACAUAGCCCAAAGAAUUGUUAAAUUGAAGUGGCAGUGGGCGGGGCACAUUGCUCGCAGAACCGAAGGCCGCUGGGGCAGAAAGGUUCUCGAGUGGCGACCACGAACCGAAAACGCAGCUUGGGCAGGCCCCCUACAAGGUGGACCGACGACUUAGAACGAAUCGCGGGAAGCCGUUGGAUGCGGGCAGCGCAAGACCGGCCAACGUGGAAACCCUUGGGGGAGGCCUUUGUCCAGCAGUAGACGUCUUUCGGCUGAUAUGAUGAUGAAGAUGAUGAAUUAUAUAAAAAAAUAUAGAACAAAGAAUACUUAAUAUUAUAAUAUUUUUAUUUCUAAUGAAUAAAAUACUUGAAACUAUAUCUACUUAUACAUAAAAUAUCGCAACAACAUAUAUGUCAUUCAAGUACUACUUACCCAUAAGCCCAAAACAUGCCCAAAUAAAAAAAAAAAUACAGAUUUAUUUUGUUUUAAUAACUCACAGAGAGUUUUAAAUCAUCAUUUUAAUAUUGAUUAAGCUUGAA